AUGGCGUCAACAAGUUCGGUUGCAAUAGAGGACAAGGUCUUAAAGAGUCUUGAAGGCUCGAGAUUUGAGUCCGUAGCACUUCAAAAGAUUACAGAAGGGAACGUGAACUGGAGUUAUGUUGCAAAGCUAUGCAGGCCUCUCGAUGACGGAACGGAGGAAGCGCUAAUCAAGCACGGGGAAAACUUCAUGUCCUCCAAGCCCGACUUUGCAUUGACCUUGACCCGCUGCGUAAGUGCAAAAGCCAAUGCCAAUGGGGUUGGUCCUCGCUUUCGUCAUUCCACCGAAGCUGACAUGCAGCAGCGGGUCGAAGAAGAGGUGUUGAAGAGACUUUCGGGUUGUUCUUCAUUCGGUAGCGGCGAUUCCGGGGAUGCAUAUCACUUCAGAAUCCGUACCGCAGAGGCCCUUCACUUCGAUGAAGAGAACGCAAAUCUUGUGCAAGAAUACCUCCCAAACAGUAUUAACCUAAAGCAAUACGUCCUGCAAUAUUACAGCAGCCAAACCCCGGCGUCUUUCGAGCCACAAUGUCGUCAGCUGGGCAAGGCUGUGGGUGCGUGGCUAAAGGGGUAUGUCGAGUGGAGUACAAAGCAAGUGGAGCUACGAAAGGUUGUGGCAGAGAAUGGUUUUGCCCAGGAGGUGAAGCGCAUGCUCAACUUUGGGUUCCUCCGGGGACGCGUGGACCAGUUCCCGGCACUGCUGGGUCACGACAAGAACAUAUUCGACAAGCUUGAGCAGAUGGCCGAGGUAGAGUUACAGGACCAGAGUCAACUCCAGAUCGUGCACGGCGAUCUUGCUCCAGGAAACGUCAUUCUGCCGAAUGUUCCGAUGGAAGAAGGUGUUGAUAUACCCAUAUUCAUUAUUGAUUGGGAAUGCACCCAACUUGGCGUGUUGAGUGUCGACUUUGGCGAGAUGGUGGGCGAGUUAUACGCUCUCCGGCUGUACAAAUCCGUUCCUGCGGGACUGUGGAUCAUGGAGGGCUUCGUCGCUGCUUAUGGACACUUCAGCGAAGACUUCGCAUUCCGGGCAGCCAUCCAGAUAGGCACGCAUCUCCUCUGCGUUACGCCGGCGUCCGAGGGCUGGGGCACACCAGACCAGAUCCAGGGAGUGGCUCGAGUUGGCAGAGACGUCAUCGUGCAUGCCUGGAAGAGGGAUCGCCUCUGGUUUGAGACGAGCGACCUGGCAUGUUUGUUCAAAGCGGCCGUAUGA